CGCCCACACAACGCUUUCUCUCUCUCUCUCUCUUUCAUGUUCACUCACUCUCUCUGCUGCUACAAGCCGACGACAAUCUCCGCGCUGGCAAAGAUUCCCUCUCUGUCUUUUCCUUUCUUUUUCUUUCCUUUCCUUAUCUCCUUCUUCCUCUCCACAAACCCUAGUUUUCAAUUUUCCUGAGAAACAAACGCAUGGUCUAACUAUCGCACUAAAAUCAACGUCAGCAUGCCAUUCUGUCUAUUAACUCUAUAACAAAAGAGCUUUCAUUUCUUGGUUUUUGUACUUUUUUUUGGGUUUUUUUUUUUUUUUUUUGGUUUGUGUUGAGGGUUUUGAGAGUUUCGAAUGGGGUGUUCGAACUCCAAGGUGGACGAUCUGCCGGCGGUGGCGCUGUGCCGGGAGAGACUGACCCACCUGGACGAGGCGAUCCGUCAGCGCUACAAGCUUGCCGAGUCCCACUAUGCUUACAUUCACUCCCUCCAAGGAAUCGGUCACUCCCUCCACCGCUUCAUCGAGCAAGACCUCACUACUUCCGGUCUGCCGGAAUCCCCAGAGCCCAAUCCGAAGACCCACAAGAAGGGCGACCCGGUUGUUGUUCGCGAAGACUCGGGUCACCUCAAUUUCAACUCCGGGUCGGACUCCGACGAUGACGAUUCGGGUUCGCUCCACGAUCACCACCUCUCGGGUGACGCCUCGCCUCUUCACCAUAUUGAGUACAUGGAUACGAAUACGAAUAGAAAUAUGGGUCAAAAUGAAGAGCUGGGUUCGUUUCAGUUUCAAAGUUUGUACCCAGGUGAUGGUCUUGGUGGAGGUGGGUUUAUGCACAUGAAUUACAUGAAGAACAAAGCGACGCCGCCUUCGGUGGUGUACGAGCAGAGGCCGGCGAGUCCAGAGACGGUGUAUAUGGGCGAAUCUUCUUCUUCGGGUUACGGUGGUUAUUCUUAUCCUUAUUAUGGAAAUAGUAAUCCUGGUCUUAGUCCUGCUCCUUAUUCUUCGUAUUAUGGGGGUGCUCCUUCCAAUUCCAAUUACGGUAAUUAUGGUGGAGGUGGCGGUGGUGGUGGUGGUGGUGGUGGGUACUAUGCGAAUUCGCCGAAUCAGGUCGCAGAGACUUCGUCGAAGAAGCCACCGCCGCCUCCACCCUCGCCGCCUAGGGCUUCGGCGUGGGAUUUCUUCAACCCUUUUGAGAGUUAUGAUGGAUACUACGCGGCGGCGUUUACGCCGAGCAGGGACUCGAAGGAGCUGAGGGACGAGGAAGGGAUUCCGGACUUGGAAGACGAGGAUGAAGUGGUGAAGGAGGUUCAUGGGGAUCAGAAGUUUAUUGCUGAUGGUGGUAAGAGCGGUGGUGGUGCGAAUCAUUCCAAGGCUGUGGUGGACGACAGUGAGGCCUCGACGUCGCUCUACGAGUCGAGGCCGAGUGCUGCGCUGGAGAGUGAUGGGAUGGAGUAUGAGGUGCAUGUGGUGGAGAAGAAAGUUGUUGGUAAUGAGGAGAGAGGGGAGGAGAGUAGGGCCGUGUUUAAGGGAUCGCGGAGUGUGUUUCAGGUGGUAAAGGAGAUUGAGGUUCAGUUUGAGAGAGCUUCCCAGUCCGGGACUGAGAUUGCGCAAAUUCUUGAGGUGGGAAAGCUUCCUUAUAACCGUAAACAUGGCGUUUAUCAAGUUUCUUCCAAGAUGUUCAACGUUGUUUCUCCCUCGUUGCCGGUGGUAUCCUCACAGCCUUCUACUUCUAAGGGUGCGGAGUCGUCCUCUGCUGACAAGGCCGGUCCCGCUCAGUUGGACAUGGAUGAAGAUGUGGUGGGUUUGAGAUCUAGAAAGCUUUCGUCUACCUUACAUAAACUAUAUCUUUGGGAGAAGAAACUCUAUAACGAAGUUAAGGCUGAGGAAAAAAUGCGGGUAGUCCAUGACAGAAAUGUAGAUAAGCUGAAGCGCUUAGACCAAAGGGGUUCUGACUUUCACAAAGUUGAUGCCACUCGUGUUUUAAUAAGGAGUCUGUCCACAAAAAUAGGAAUGGCAAUUCAGGUUGUUGACAAGAUAUCUGUGACAAUAAACAAGAUUAGGGAUGAAGAGCUGUGGCCACAACUAAAUGAAUUAAUUAUAGGGUUGACCAGAAUGUGGAAAUGCAUGCUUGAAUGCCAUCAUAUUCAGUGCCAAGCAAUCAGAGAAGCCAAAGGUUUAGGUCCGAUUGGAUCAGGCAAGAAGCUUAGUGAUGCUCAUAUUGGAGCCACUUUGGAGCUUGAGCGUGAGCUUAUUAGGUGGACUGACACAUUCUCUAGUUGGGUAGGUGCCCAGAAGGGAUAUGUGAGAGCCUUGAAUAAUUGGCUUCUGAAAUGUCUUCUGUAUGAACCUGAGGAAACAGAGGAUGGGUUACCUCCUUUUUCACCUAGUAGAGUUGGUGCACCGCCUGUGUUUGUGAUCUGUAACCAGUGGUCACAAGCUUUGGAGAGAAUAUCCGAAAAGCCAGUGGUUGACUCUAUGCAUAUUUUUACCAAGAGUGUGCUUCAGAUCUGGGAACAAGACAAGCUAGAAAUGCACCAGAGGAUGUUGGCAAACAAGGAUCUGGAAAGGAUAGUAAGAAAUUUAGAUAAAGAGGACCAAAAGUUACAGAAGGAGGUUCGGGCAUUAGAUAAGAAAGUGGUUCUGGUCUCUGGGGAUGGUGAAAAUCUCUCGGUCGGACAGAUUGUAUAUCAGAGUGAUACUCGCAAUCGUAGUCUACAGUCAAGUCUGCAGCUCAUUUUUGAGGCCAUGGAGAAAUUCACGGCUGACUCCAUGAAAGCUUAUGAGGAGCUUUUGGCACGUAGUGAAGAAGAAAAGAAAAGGCUUCUCCAGGAGCGUGAAAGAGCUUCACAGGGCUGAGUAGUUAGUACAAGUGUCGAUGCUUUUUUGCACUCUGUAAUUUGGUUCAUCACCUACUGCAAGCUGGCCCAGGAUAUUUGAGGGAUUUAACAUAUGGAGUCAAUGAAUUGGUGCUAUUCUCUUUGGCUAUCAUUUACUCCAUUUGUUGCGGCCUGUACUGGAUUGCUUUGGUUGGUAGUUCAUGUCAUCGCUUCAGUAAGCUAUUACCUCACCAACUAGCUAAUCAAACACGAGCCCACCCGGAUCCAAUACCAGCUGUUUUAAUCAUAGUUAGCCAACCAGGGCAAUUGGGUGACUUGACAAGUGAAAAUGGGCCAGAUACAAGGGACAAGGGGAAGUUUGUGCUGAUUAGAAACCAACUUGAGCCUUGAGCCUCGAGCCACUGCAGUUGUUAAGACAACACAAGUAUGCCAAAGCUGCUGCUGCUGCCGCCCCAACUGGGUGCAAAGCCUACUGAAUCUGUGUUUGCUCAUAGGAUUUUGUUAUGAGCUAUUAUUCUCACUGCUUUAUGUACAGCAACAAGUAGUGGAGGUGGAGGUGGAGGUGGAGGUGGAAUUCUUCAUCUUUAAGCAUCCUACGAGCAAUUUUCCAUUGUGUAUCAGCUUUUCAUGUAGAAGACAUGUUCGAAGGCUUGAUUUUGUGGUUACUUGGGACAAGCAGAGGCAGGGCAGAUCUCCCUCUAGUUUUGCAUGAGGAUUAAGAUUUAAGUGUAAGCAUAGGCAAUCGGGCUGUUCAAGGUGACGCAAGUCACGGAUAAGCCCAAGCAAUAGCACAUCUUGUUUGGUAAAUCAAUUUUUUUAUUUUAUUUUAUUUUUCUUUAUAUUUUCCUAUUAUAGUAAUUUAUUGUAUAGAUAACUUUUGAAACCGAGUAAACUGCAAGCACCUUCAAUAAAGAGCGGUAGCCAAAUGAAUUUUCUUUGA